GAAGAGUGUGUGACAACAGCGGCAACCGACAGACAUGUCUUCGCCGACAUCGCCUUGGUUUGCGGAUCUCUUCACAGAUGACAGGGUGAGGACCCUAUCGCACCAGGUCUCCACACUUGGGGACAGGGUGUGGGAACUGGAGCACAAAAUUACCCAGCUGAUGGGCGAGAAGGCCAAGCUGGAGAAGCAACUGGAGGAGGCAAAGGCGAUCUCAAGCCACAAGGAAGAGGUGGGGAGAAGCUUGAAGGCUGAAAAUGAUAAGCUUCAGUCGGAGGUUUUGGUUGCGGAGGAAAAGUGUAGCAAGUCUGCAGCGGAGGUUGAGAGGCUGACGAAGGAAUUAGGCGCGCUGGCGGAGGCAAAGGAGGCAGCUGCCAAGGAAUUCAACGACGAGAGAGAGAAAAUCACGCUAGAAUCGGAGGAUCUCAAGAUGAGGCUGGAGGAAAUGCUGGCCAUCAAGGAUUUGACAGAGAGCGAGAAUGACAAGCUUCGGUCCGAGGCUUUGAUCGCAGCUGAAAAGCAAAACAUGUCUGAAGCAGAGAUUGAGAGGCUCAAGAAGGAACUGAGUGGGUUGUUGGAGGCGAAGGAGGCGGCUGCCAAGGCUUUCGACGUACAAAAAGCAGAAAUCACCAAUGAAUUAGAGGAACUACAGAGGAAGCUGAAGGAAAUCGAAGCUAAUAAGGAUUUAGUGGAGGGAGAAAACAGUAAGCUUCAGUCUGAGAUUCUCACAGCACAGGAGAAAUAUAGACAGUCUGAAGCAGAGGUUAAGUGCAUUAAACAAGUAGUGUGUUCAGUGGUGGAGGCGAAGGAGGCAGCUGCAAGGGCAUCUGAAGCUGAGAAGGCAGAAAUCAUGGAGGAAAUGGACAACCUUAAGAGGACAAUCGAGGAGAUCAAGGCCAACAGGGAUUUGGUAGAGAGUCAGAACCAGGAGCUUCGGUCAAAGAUUUCGAGUGCAGAGCAAGAGCGUAGCCUAUUUGAAGGAGAGAUUAAGAGCGUCAGGAUGGAAUUGGGGGCAGUAGAGGAGGCCAAGCAGAUCCUUACGAGGGAGUUCGAUGCUGAGAAGGCAGAGAUCCUGAAGGAACUGGAUGACCUUGAGAAGAAGCUAGAGGAAUUGCAGACCAACAAGGGUUUGCUGGAGGCUGAAAACGACAAGCUUCAGCUGGAGGUUUUGACCGCACAGCACAAACAAAGCAUGUCCGAAGCAGAGGCUGAGAGCCUUAAGAUGGAACUGGGAGCAUUGGUGGAGGCAAAGGAGGCGGCUACAAAAGCAUUUGGUGCCGAGAAAGCAAAGACCACGAAGGAACUGGAGGAUCUUAAGAGGAAGGUGGAGGAAAUCCAAACCAAGAAGGAUCUGGUGGAGGGCGAAAAGGAUAAGCUCCGUUUGGAGAUUUUAAUAGCGGAGCAGAGGCAUGCCAUGGCUGAAUUAGAGGUUAAGCGCCUCAAGAUGGACUUGGCUGCAUCGGCAGAGGCGAGGGAGACAGUUGUGAGGUCAUGUGACGCUGAGAAGGCCAAGUUCAUGGCAGAAAUAGAGAACCUCAGGAGGAAGAUAGAGGAAAUCCACGCCAGCAAGGAAGCGGCCGAGAAAGCAGCGCGCAACAAAGAUGCAGAGGCUGACAGGCUGAAGGAUGAGCUGGCGAGGAUCCGGCUCUCUGUGUCACAGCUGCAAGCGUCCUGCGACGAACUUGAUGCCAAGCAGUCGCGCCUGAACGACGAGAAGAACUCUGUCCAGAAAGCACUAGUGUCCGAGAAGGUCGAAGGUAACAAGCUCAAGUUAAAAAUCGAGGAACUCGAGAAUCACAUUGCUGGCAAGGACGGUGAGAAAGGGAAACUGAAGGCGGCGUUGGAGGAAAAGAUGACUGAGAUCAAUGCUCUCAGCAAAGACAACGCGAUGCUACAUCGCACAAUUCUCGAGGCGCAAGAGAAGAAUAAAGGUAGCAUUUUAUCGUUCUUGUCACCGUGCGGCUCCAAGUAACUUGGUUGUAAUGUGUUGCAUUACUAAUGCAAUGGUGAAGGUACCAUGCAAUGAAAUAAAAAUUUCAGUUUGCUCUGUG